AUGGACCUUUCCCACGAUGCUCCUCAGAUUCUUCCCCAGACAUUUUCAGAUCUGUCUCUGCUUAUGCCACUGCUGGGAAGGCCUCUGAAGAGGUCUCGACCUUUCAAUGGCAGUCCAGCCUCUCGGCCACACAAGGGUCUCCCAAAGCGCGGCCCCUCGCCCCCACCCUCCCCGUCCCUCCGGAGGCUACCAGAAGGAAAGGCAGCCCGCUCCCCUGCCCUCGGGAACUCUCCCUUCUCUGGGAGCGUGCGAGCAGACCCCACUUCUCUCGCCAUCAGCCCCUCGCGCCAGCCCGCAGGCCCCCGACCCACCGCUAGCGCCUCCACUUACGGCGCGGACCCGGACGGCGGCGACGUAAUCUCGCGCAGCCCCGAGCGGCCCCAACCCGGCGGGGGUCGCUGUGCGCAGGCAGCCACCCGCACAGCGACGGCGGAGCGGACGGCCGCGGCGUCUCCCGGGCAACCGGACGCUCAGGGCGCGCGGGCAGGGCGACUUCCGGAGCGGUCCCCCCCGCCCCCGCCCCCGCCGCCGCACCUGCUGCCGGGGAAGCCGUGGCCCCGCCGCCUUGUGUCGGUGGGCAACGUCUGGCAGGGCCGCAACGUCGUAGUGCAGACACAGGAGAAGCUUCUUCUCUGGAACCCCGAAGGGGCCCCGAAGAAGGCGCUCAGGAAAUAUUUAAGCUACUUAUCCAGUAACACUUGA